UGUACACAACGCAUGCAUCUUUAUAAUAUUAUGUUCCUAUCUAUCUAGUGUGUAUACGUUUUAUUGCCAAGGAUGGAGCGAACGAUUAGAGUUCCACUAGUAGACCAAGCUUUGAAUAUUCUAACCGCGGAAGCAAAAGAUUUAUAUCUUGGAUCAACUGUUCCGGAAACAUUUGGUCUUCCGAAUGCGUUGGAAUUUAUGCGUAAUAAUGUGGCGAAGAAUCUACCACUGGUGAUCCGGGAAGCUACCAAUUGUUGGCCUGCUGUGGAUAAAUGGAACUCUAAGUACUUCAGAGAUACAUUGGCCAAAAAGGAAGUUACGGUCGCGAUAACCCCCAAUGGUUACGCCGAUGGACUGGCCAUGCACGAAAAAGAAGAAUAUUUUGUGCUGCCCUUGGAAACCCAGAUGAGAAUGGGUGAUUUUUUGGAUGCGCUGGAUCGGAAAGAUGAAAAUGUAAUGUAUAUACAACGUCAGAACUCUAACCUAACGGAGGAUUUUCAGGAACUCUGGCAAGACGUGGAAGUAGAGAGACUGAAUUUUGCCACCGAAGCCUUCAACAAAGAUCCGGAUGCAGUUAACUUUUGGAUGGGUGAUGAACGAGCUAUCACUUCAAUGCAUAAAGAUCCUUAUGAAAAUAUUUAUUGCGUAAUAUCAGGUUACAAGGAUUUCAUUCUCAUACCACCUGUUGAUCUACACAAUGUACCACGAAGUCAAUAUCCUAUGGGUAUCUAUAUGCAAGAAGACGAUGGCAACAUGAUCAUUGAGCCUAUUUUAGACGAGAUUGGCAAACCUCGACUCAUCGAGUGGGUCAGUAUCGAUCCAUUGAAGCCAGACACCGCUAAAUAUCCGCAAUACGCUAACGCCACUGUUUAUGAAGUGCGGGUUAACGCUGGAGAUAUGUUGUAUCUGCCCAGUCUGUGGUAUCAUCAUGUGCGGCAAAGCCACAAGUGUAUCGCUAUAAAUUUUUGGUACGACAUGGAUUACGAUGCGCGCUAUUGCUAUUACAAGAUGGUGGAGAAACUUUGCGGUUAUGGUGAAGAAAACUACGCAAUGUAGUGAGGAUGGAACGUGGGUCGGCCCGAAUUUGGAUUAGCGUUUCCUGCGCUAAUUCGACGAAGUUGAACUAGAAAUGUAGCUAAUACAAUUGUUUAGAUAUAGAAAACAAUAUUAAAGAAAUAUAAGUCUCAGAUGAGGUGUA